CAGUAAUAAAGAACAACUCAGUGCUAUAGCUUUUCAUUUUUUUCGUUGUUAUUAUGUAUGUACGAAUAAAUGGAUGUCACUAGCUUUCGUUCAACCCUCUCAAAACGCCCACAGAUGUUCUUAAACACCGUUCAGAUACGUUUUCACCUUGUCAGAAAGCUCCAGAUCCCGUGGGAGAUACCAGACAAUUCGUCAUGAACUUUGACAAUAACGUCAUCUUUUACAGUACGCAACAAUAAAAAAUGAACUUUUCGUUUUUCGUUAACAGAAUAUGUUGAAUUACGUAAGACGAAGCAAGUGAGCUAGUAGAUAGCCUGACAGGAUUUUCCCAAAAUGUUAUCAGUCAACCUCAUCCGGUUUUUUAGCUCAGAAAAGAGCAAAGGUGAUACAGAUAUGAACUUAAAGGUCAACUCUACACUCAAAUUCGUCGUUGGUUUUCACUCCUUUUCGAAUAUGGCUGCAAGGAAGCCAUGAUCACACUCAUUUCUUAUUGUGCUGUUGUGGAAAUCAACAGUAAAGAAAAGUGUUCAUUUCUCCACGUAGAGUUUCGUUGUAUCUGGGCAGGAUGCAGUCUAGUGUAGUUCGCAGUGGAUUUCUGUUCGUCAGGUUCAGCUUACAGGACGAGGUCUGAUAUCCGAGUGUGGGCAUUAUCCCUUGCCUUGUGCGUCUGCCCAUCAACGCUGUGCGCCCUUCUCUUCGGUUCGCAAAGCCGGUGACUCUCGUGCUUGCAGAAAAAACCUCCCGAGAAGUAUUACAUCGAACUCAGCAACGAGGAGCAGCAAGGUCGUCCCUGUCUGUUGAUCUACAAGGACGCGAGGAAGGACAACUAUUGCCUGUACAUGAUACUGGACCUGGACGUGAAGGAGGCGGUGCAGUGGCGAGGGAAGGAGCCGUGGGAACGCCACUCCCUCAAGGACAUCAGGAUGACCUUAUUGCCUUCACCGAGCUUUCAGGAAUCGACUCGAAUGCCCUUACAAGGAAGUCCUCUACGUGAAAACCAAAGCUAUUGGUCAACCUUUCUUGUGAUGCCUGAUUCCGAGACUUCAGCAAGGUUGCAAGCGAGAGGUUUCGUGAGACUGGCCAUCGAGGUCAUGGGCGUGACGCUCACUUCAGCCGAGGGCCGACUCAUCGCACUUUUUCCCCUGAAAGUCGUCCGGCGGUUCGGCUACACGUGGAACGAAUUCAAGAUCUGGUCUGGCAGGGCGUGCAUGCAUGGAGAGGGUCUCUUCUCUUUCCGAACAAAUCAGGCUCGAGAAAUUGCCGACUGUAUCACAGACCUAAAACAGAUUUUGAAAUGCGGUCUCAGCUCUCCACCUGAAGCGAAGUCUCCCAAACCUUGCGACGCGGAAGAACACAUAUACGAGGAACCCGCUUACCUUAGCUUACCCUUCCUCCUCGACGCCCGACGCAUUCGUCCUUCCAGCGAGCAAGUACAAGUUCCUGCCGCCUCCACCUCGGCUGCGGGACCUCGACCUCGGGCAUUCGGAGAAGCUUCGUUGCCCAGGGAACACGAGUGGCAGUUCAAGACCAUGAUGCUGCUGGAGUUGGUCAAGGAGUUCUGCAAGGGGGACUGCAGACGCUACUGCGAAGUCCUCAAUCGGUUUUUGGAGAGGAACGGGAUGACGCCCCUGGAGUGGGACUUCUGACUCGACGAAAGGACUCUUCCCCAAGGACAUCGGCGAUCCUUCCAAAUCAAACGAGCAGAGAGAAGGGUUAAAAUGUUGCCUCAAACAUGACACACAAAAUGGUCCAGCUGGAGUUUAGAGGAGACGAACAGCCGGAGGAAUUGGAAGUUUUGGAAACAGGAAAUGUUGACGUAUGCAUGUGCUUGCUGAUAC